AGAACCAAAGGAAGAAGUAAUCAUUUGGGGUUGGUAAUGUGAGGCCUGGCAGCUAUGCCCCUCAUCCCUUCCUGGGUCCUCUGUUUAUCAACACUGGUGAGAGUCUGGCUAGGGGAUGGUGGGCCUGCCUUCCCAUCUCUCAAGGUCCCUCUGGGCAAGGGGACAACUCUGCUCUGGGAGAUACAGAAAACAGGUCUCACUUUCCAUUUGGGACAAUCACUAUUCCAUCCCUCCUCCAGAACGCUUCCAUGAGGGGCAGAGGAGAAUCAGCAUUUGUGGUGAUCACUCCUCUUUAGUGUGUAGUGACCACCUUACCUUCUAGAAACAGGGAAGGCAAAUAAUCCCAAGUCCUGGUUGUCCUAGAACCUUUGGAUCUUCCUUGACCCCAAGCUGCCAAAGGUAGAUUUAAAAACCUGAAUAUCUCCCAAACUGAAAUUGGCUUUCUUUUCCCAGUUGGUCCAGGCACAAUGCCCAGUAUAUUUGAGACCAUCACAAGAGCUGUGGUCCAUGAGUUGGAUGCUGGAGGCGAGACGAUUGCAGCCAGAAGCAUCAUUGAUGCUGACAGGUUUCGUUGCUUCUGUCUGGUGACGGGGAAGAGAAGUUUGUUGGGACGCCGCCAUUACUACAGUACAGGCCUCACCCUAGAGGACAUACUGGAGAGAGAGGAGGAUAAAGAGCAGUUUGAAAAAUUGGAUUCUGGACCCCAAGGUCAAAGGGCUGAGUUCAAAGCUGUGGAUCAGGUAGACUCAACGGUGAUGUCAGAAGUGAAAUUGCCCAAAGACAUUACAAUUGAAGGGAGCUUUCAGGAGUCCCACGAGCAUAACAUUAUGAUUUUGGUGUCCAGGAUACCCCAGAAAUAUCUGAAUUCCCUCCAGAACAGGAAGCUGAAGAGUCAACUACCUCCUUUGUUUCUAUCAAUGCAGAGAAGGGGAGAAGACCUGUAUCUGGUGACAGAAACUCUGGAGACAACAAAGGAGGAAACCCUGAAAAAUAAACGACAGUUUACAUUUUGGAACCAGCUGAACUUUCUCAGCCUCAAAUAUGAACGCAAGCACCACAGGACAGUGACUAUCCCCCGAAAGACGGUCCUGGGCUAUCGAAUAAAGCAGCUCUUCUUCCCCAACAUGGAAAGAAUGAAUAUUUGUUUCUCCGGGAAAACAAAAUCCUUUCCAGAAGAGGAAGGUGAUGGUUCAUCUUGUUUAGGGAAGUCCUUGAGCUUGGUGGGUUUCAGAAACAUGAAGGAGAUGAUGCAGGACACAGUGAGAGACCUCCAGGAUCUGACUGAAAAGGAGCGAGAAGACAUGCUAAGCUGCCUCACUAAGUGCCUCACUGAAGAUAAGCAGCUGCUGCAGGAUCUAGAAGGAAGGGUGUCUGAGGUCCUGACCUCUGGUGAGCUGCAGAUGGAGGGCCCAGGAGGUCAUCUCAUGAGUAGCCUUUUUAAUGCUGCUGGGAUCUUGGUCAAGGAACGUGGACAAGCCAUUCUGGACUUCCUGGAUGCCUUGAAGGAGCUGUCUGAGGAGAAGGAGCUUAUAGCCGAGACCCUAAGGAAGGGGACCCUACCCCUGUUGAAGGACCAGGUGGAGUCUAUCCUGGUGCAGAACUGGGGUGAGGACCUUGAUGUGGAUUGUGACCCUGAGGCACAGAUCUUCUGUGCCCUUUACGUUGCUGUCUCCAUCCUGCUGCAGCUGAGUGAGAAGCCUGCCUCUGUGUCUUCCUGUUAGCUCUUUAACCAUCAUCCCCACAAACCUCUGGGUGCUACCCUCCCCGUCCAUCCUCACCCCGCACCCCAUCCCCCGAGUUGCUAGAAUGAGGUCUUUAAAGCAAGCAGCUGGCUCUUCUUCAAUUCAUCCCAUUCCCCAUAUGAUCAUGUACAAAACCAGCCUGCACUGUAUGCAUAGACUUCUGAUUAAAAGUGGAAGAUUGAGCAUA